AUGGCUAUGGAGCAGGAUGGUGACACUCUGAUGGGAGAGGCAGGCCCCCAUCUCCCCAGCGGUAGUGCUUCACAUGGCCAUCCUACCAGCAACCCCAGCAUGCCAGCAAUUCCAGGGAAUCUCAACGGGGGAACUGACCCUUGGCUUGCCCCACCGCUUCUGGGGCAGUCUAUGAAUCUGCCUCUGCCUGCUCAAUUGGGCGACCAGCAUGCGGCUGCACCUGUUGCUCAAGCACAACCCACAGUGCCAUCAAGUGCUCCGGAACAGUCAGCUGGACUUAGUGCUGCUGUCACUGAACCCGCCAAAAGAGCAGACAGCAUCGUUGAGGAAACGUCAGACUGGUCCGAGGAGGAUUUAGGGGCGCGUGUAGGGCUUCCUCUUGCGUCUCUACCGUCAGGGCUCUGCUAUGAUGUCCAGAUGCGCUACCAUUGUGAGGUGCGACCAACUGCAGAUGUCCAUCCUGAGGAUCCACGGAGAAUCUAUUACAUCUACAAGGAGCUAUGCCGAGCAGGGCUCGUUGAUGACCCCGAAUCUUCAAGACCGCUUGUCGCACGACCUCUCAAACGUAUUCAUGCUCGCAAUGCCACUGAGGCUGAAAUCUCUCUCAUUCACACCCCGGAUCAUUUUGCCUUUGUUGAAAGUACAAAAGACAUGUCCGAUGAUGAACUCAUUGCUUUGGAGCAUACGCGUGAUUCGAUCUAUUUCAACAAGCUGACAUUUGCUUCUUCCCUCUUAUCAGUUGGAGGAGCGAUUGAGACAUGUCUAGCUGUAGCCACUCGCAAGGUUAAGAAUGCCAUAGCUGUUAUUCGGCCGCCGGGGCACCAUGCAGAACACGACAAGACUAUGGGGUUUUGUCUGUUCAACAAUGUUUCCAUUGCGGCGCGUGUCUGCAACGGUAUUCAGAAAGCGUUUUACGAUGACCCCAAUGUUCUCUACAUCUCCCUUCAUGUUUAUCAAGACGGAAAGUUUUAUCCCGGAGGGGACGAGGGCGACUGGGACCACUGCGGGGCCGACGCUGGUAUUGGAAAGAAUGUCAACAUCCCCUGGCCUAGCCAAGGUAUGGGCGAUGGCGACUACAUGUAUGCUUUCCAGCAGGUUGUGAUGCCCAUUGCGCAGGAGUUCAAUCCUGACCUGGUCAUCGUUGCGUCCGGCUUUGAUGCCGCUGCUGGUGAUGAGCUUGGAGGCUGCUUUGUGACGCCCUCUUGCUACGCUCAUAUGACACAUAUGCUUAUGACUCUCGCUCAUGGCAAAGUUGCUGUGUGUCUUGAGGGUGGUUACAAUUUUAGAUCAAUUUCUAAGUCUGCCCUAGCGGUGACAAAAACACUCAUGGGAGAUCCACCUGACCGCCUACACUCGACACUUCCUUCAGAUCUGGCAACUUCUACUGUGAGGCGUGUCAUGAUGAUCCAGUCUCGCUAUUGGCGCUGUAUGUACCCGAAAGUGCCGCAGGAGCAGGGUCUUUGGACUGAUAGGUUGCACGGCUCAACAGCGUAUGCUAACAAGGGCAAGGCUGAUUGCAUGAAGAACUAUAUCGGAUGGGCCGUCGGGAAAGGCUACGCUGUCAUUGAUGUCAAUAUUCCCAAACACGUGACAAUAGAGCCUACGAGGAUGAGAAUCGGCCUUCGGCUACCGAGGAAUUGGCCGGAUACCUGUGGGACAACUACAUUGAGUAAGUUUUUGAGACGCCUUCUCCUAGGCAAUACAGUUAACUGUCCUAGACCCAAUGAGGCAACUGAGAUAUUUUUUAUUGGCAUCGGCAAUGCCUUUUAUGGCGUCGCGAAUCUGUUAAUCAACAGAGCCUCGAACUGA